AAGCAGUUGUACCAGUUCACGAAAAUGGCUGCCAGGUUCUUCACGCUUGCUGCUUGUCUGCUCGGAUGCCUCCUUCAUGCUAAAGGCACAGUUUUUCUCGAUCAGGACAAGGCAAGUGCUGUUUUGCACCGAUACAGAAGGGCCAACACUGGACUAAUUGAAGAAAUGUUUCCAGGAAACCUUGAACGCGAGUGCCUGGAAGAGAAAUGUGAUUACGAGGAAGCAAGAGAAGUCUUUGAAAAUGAUCUUGAAACGCGGAAGUUUUGGAUAGGCUAUCACGAUGGAGAUGACUGCAUAUCAGAGCCCUGCAUGAAUGGAGGGAAGUGUCAAGACAGCUUCCAUGACUACGCAUGUAGCUGUCCAGCAGGUUAUGAAGGAAAGAACUGUGAAAUUGACGUUAGUUGCUCCUCUCAGAAUGGAGGCUGCAGCCAGAUCUGUGAGAACGGCUUAACUCGGAAAGCAACUUGUUCCUGUGUUAAUGGGUACAGACUGAAGGAAGACCAGAAGACCUGUGAACCCACAGUGCCCUUCCCAUGUGGGAGGAUUACAAACCCAGAGGCAGUGAAGAAUAUGCUCAGCCGCUCGCUCGAGACGGGUGCCACCAGCCCUACUGAUAGCUUCCAGGAAAAGUUGGGCAAUGUUCCUCCACCAUCAAGCCUUCAUCAUUUGGACACGAACAGUGUAAAGGGGGAAGUCCCAUGGCAGGUUUAUAUGAUCGGCUAUGAGCAGAAAGGAUUCUGUGAAGGUGUCGUGGUCAGCGAAAAGUGGGUCCUCACAGCGGCGCAAUGCUUAGCGCAUGAGCCACAAACAAUCUUGGCAGGUGAAUACAAUACGGGUGUUUUCGAACACACGGAACAGGUCCGUCGAAUAGUCAGGGCAAUUCCUUACCCAGCUCACAAUGCCAGCCAUAAACAUCUCUAUGACAUCGCCCUCUUAGAGCUGGAUUCGCCUUUGAUAAUGAAUUCUUACAUCACCCCAAUCUGCAUCAUGAACAAAUCCUCCUCCAACAACCUGCUGAUGGCUGAAGCAGGCACUGUGAGCGGCUGGUGGAGAACGACAACGCAGCAGAGAAUGGCAACCGUCCUCCAACUCCAGAAGGUUCAUUAUGCCCCUCAGAACACUUGUCUAGGAGACACUGGGGAUACCGCCUCGCAACAUCUGUUCUGUGCAGGCCCCUCGGCCCCAGCGACGAAAACCUACAGUGAGCAGAGUGGAACCCCAUAUACCACAAAUUUUAAGGGCACCUUCUUUCUAACAGGGAUAGCCUCUUGUAGAGAGCCAUGUACUGGCACGGGGAAUUACAAUCUGUACACCAGAGUAGGGGAUUAUGAAGAGUGGAUUCAAAACAUGAUCACACUUCCAUAAUUAAUCACAAGCUGGAAUAUUUCACUAGAUCUCUCUCAAAGAUCCUCUUGUGGUGCAAGGGAGGCCAGAUACAAUUAUCUUAAUUUCUUUUCUGAAAUAGCUGGACCAUAUUAAACUGAGUACAGAUUUCUUUUCGAAAGUAGUGUAAACACAGGAAAGAGUAAAGGAACUAAGAAAUAAUGAAGUUCAGUGAGAAGUGUGAUUGGCUUGGAAUGUGAGAUUUAUCCUCAGCAAUAUCAUGACAAGCCUUUAAGAAGCUACAUUGGCUAAGCAUUAAGGAAGGUACAAAAAGCAACCUUGUAAGGAACGUUGGAAAAUUAGAAUGGCAAAUGCAUUAGAAUGAAAAAUCAGCACACAGUGCAUUUCUGUGUUAUGAAGUAUGACAAAAGCACAAAUAAAUGUCACCAUGGAAAAAAUAA